AUGGAUUGUGGUCCUGUUGAAAAUAUUUUAUAUCUAGCAGACUCAUAUAAAGCUACACAUCAUGCUCAAUAUCCUGAUAAUACAACAUCAAUAUAUAGUUACUUUGAAAGUAGAGGAGGAAAAUUUGAAAAAACUGUUUUUUUUGGACUUCAAUAUUUUAUUAAAAGAUAUCUUUGUGGAAGAGUAGUUAAUAAACAGAUGAUUGAAGAAGCAACAGAAUUUUAUCAUUGUCAUUUUGGUGGUAUGAAUUAUUUUAAUAAAGAAGGAUGGGAAUAUAUUGUUGAUAAACAUAGAGGUUGCCUACCAAUAAAAAUUAAAGCUGUUCCAGAAGGAACAGUUGUUGAUGUUAAAAAUGUUCUUUUUACUGUUGAAAAUACUGAUCCUAAUGUUCCAUGGUUAACAUCAUGGCUUGAAACAUUACUUGUUCAAGUUUGGUAUCCAAUGACUGUAGCAACUAAUUCAAGAGAACAAAAAAGAAUUAUAGCUGAAUAUCUUCUUAGUACUAGUGAUAGUUUAGAUGGUCUUCCAUUUAAAUUGCAUGAUUUUGGAUAUCGUGGAGCUUCAUCUGUUGAAACAGCCGCAAUUGGUUCUGCCUCUCAUUUAGUUAAUUUUACAGGAACUGAUACAGUUGCUGGUUUACAACUUCUUAGAAAAUAUUAUUCUUCACCAAUGGCAGGUUAUUCUAUUCCAGCUGCUGAGCAUUCAACAAUUAUUUCUUGGAAAAAAAGUGGCGAGGCUAAUGCCUAUAAACAUAUAUUAGAAAAAUUUCCAGUUGGUUUAAUAUCAGUAGUUUCAGAUUCAUAUGACGUAUAUGACGCUGUCGCAAAUAUAUGGGGUGAAGAAUUAAAAGAUUUAGUUAUGGAAAGAAAUGGAAAAGGUUGUAUUAUCAUACGACCUGAUUCAGGAGAUCCAUGUAUUGUUGUUUUAAAAGUUUUAAAUUUAUUAGCAGAAAAAUUUCCAAUUUCUAUAAAUUCAAGAGGAUAUCGUGUAUUACCAUCUUAUUUAAGAAUAAUGCAAGGUGAUGGUAUUUCUUAUGAAACAAUUGGUGGAAUACUUGAAGCUUUAAAACAAGAUGGUUGGUCAGCAGAAAAUAUUUCAUUUGGUACUGGUGGUGCUUUACUUCAAAGAUUAGAUAGAGAUACACAAAAAUGUGCCUUUAAAUGUUCUUCUGUAACUGUUAAUGGAAAAAAUAUGGAUGUUUUUAAAAAUCCUUCAACAGAUUCUACAAAAAGAUCAAAAAAAGGAAGGUUAACAUUAGAAAAGAAAGAAGAUGGAACAUUCGUAACAAUGCAAGAAGGUUUAGGUGAUGACAAAAAAGAUUUACUUUUAACAGUUUUUGAAAAUGGUAAGUUAACAGUUGAUUAUACUUUAGAUGAAAUACGACAAAGAGCUGAAUUAAUUUGUGUCAAAGAAUUUUAUCGUAAUCGUCAGGAAAAUAAUAAUAUUGGAAAUGGAACUUUAAAUACAAAUGAAUUAUCUUUAUCAUCAAACUUUAGAAACACUUUGAAUGCACGAGGAUAA